UUAAUUUUUCUUUUUUUUUUCCUGUUCAAGAUUUAAUCAAAAUACACCGAGUUAAAUCAGAUUUUCUUAAAAUUUAACGGUCCGAUAUGCACAAUCUAACUAACCGUAACCGUAUCCUAUAAGGAUUUGGAUUGAGAAAUAUAUGAUCUUAGAGCCUGCAGCUUUGAAUAGAUUUACUGUUGUGAUCGCAUGCUUAGUACAGGGAUUGUAUCUACAUAGCAGUGUUUCCUAAAACUGCUACACAAGUUAUUAAUGAAUACCCCAUCCCACUCUACCAACUCAAUAAUUCCCCAUUGAAUUCGUCAACUCAAACCGCAUUAUUUUUCGUACCACACGCUCACACUCUUCAACUCCCACAACAAACUGGUUUUCUUUCCUUUCCUUAAUAAUCAUAAUCUCAUCUUGCAUUCGUUUUAAAUUCGAAUCAUCUUCCUCUUCACGUUAUUCUUGCUUGCCCUUUUUAGGUAUCUCUGCAGUUAAACAUCGCCAAGUACAUGAAAAGAUCCCCUUAACCCUCCUCCCAAAUCCAAUUUCUCUAAACAAAACAAGCCCCCAAAGAAGAAAACAGAGCACCAAAGAUGAGCCACAGAAAAGUUCAUUCACAAGGGAGCGUACCCUUUUCAUGGGAGGCCAUGCCCGGCGUCUCCAAGGUCACAAAUCAAGACUGCCCUACAGAUUUUGGGGUUGGUGCCCUUAACUGCCUCUCUGCAGAAGAAGACUCUGGAGAUAGCCCCAAUAAGUUGGUGAACAAUCCUGAGAUAAAGAUUCCUCUGCCUCCAUGCCCAUUAUUGAAGGCUCCGAGUAGAAGUAGUUCGACGAAGGGGUUUAGAUGGCAUGUAGAAGCAGACCCCUUUCUUCUGGCUUACAAAGAGUGCACCAAAAGUACAAGCACUUUGAAUAAUAAUUCAGGUAAGCUGCCUGGCAUUGAGAAUAAUAAGAAAGGUUUCGGUGCAAUUGGGUGUAAAGUCAGGAAGAGCAGGUUCAAUAUGUUUUCUUGCAAGAAUUCAUGCGAUGUGAGAGAGGAUAAUUUUGUAAAGCUGUCUCAGCUUCCUGCUCUUCCGAGAGACACAAGUGGCUCAACCAGAUGAAAAUUGAUGAUGGGUGUUUCUUUGUUUCCACAAAAGAUGUAGUUAGCUGCCAAUAUGUCUUAUGUUCUUAACUUUGGUAAUAUAUACGGUUAAUUAGUGAUGCUAAUUUCAUGGGAUUUUUUAUUAUUACAAAUUUGAUUUCUUCUUUUCUUUAUAUGGCCUUAGGUUUGCUGCAUGAUCUGAAGAUAAUGGAUUGAAUUGCUUGCUUCUUUGUUCAAUCUUUUGUUCUGAUUGCUACAUGUUAGUGUUCAUA